CCUAGGCAACACCAACCGCCGUCCGCCACCACAAACUGCGGUAUUAAAAAAAAAUUGGUUCUUUGUUUUUUAUUUGUAAUAAAAAGUUGUUAAAAAAUUAACAAAUUGUUAAUCAAUUCAUCUUACUAAUUAAAAGAUAAAAUUAAAUCUCAUCAAAAUGCCAACAGCCAGCCAAUACGUGAUUUGUCCACUUGAUGAAAGUCAUAGAAUAUUGAAGCACCGAAUGCAACCACAUCUUUUAAAAUGUGAAAGACAACAUGACAUGUCCAAGAAGUCAAAGUGUCCAUACAACAUAACACACAUCGUUGACACAAUUGUCUUUCCUCAUCAUCUUGAGACUUGUCCAGAUGCAAAGAGUGUUCAUGAAUACGCUUACACUACUGAUGAAAAACCAUUGGCUGGUAUACUUUCAUUGGAAACCAUCAUGAAAGAACGAAAAAAUAUUGACUUUGGUGAUGAAAAUUGGGACACUAAAAGAGUUGGACCAGGUUACGAUCCCAGUAAAACAAUUGAGGAUAAAUCUGUAUUUCGACAUUUGGCUGUUGCAUCAAAAAGUGAAAGAAAAGCUUUUCGUGAAGCUGAACGUAAACGUCAUGCUAAAUUAGAAGUUACAAAUGUCGUUCCACCAUCACGUCAUCAUUCAAUGUUAAAAUACAACAACAAAUCUUCAUCGUCUCUUGGUGGAUCAGCUUUUCAAAUAAAUGAACCAUUGAGACGUCCAAUUUCCGAAUCGAAAACAAUGUCUUUGGAAAAUUUAUCAAUGGGUGCAAUCAGAAAACAAAUGGUCUUGGCAUCACAACAAAAUUUACCAAGUACAACAAGUAUUGCUGAAGAAGAUCCACAUCAUGAUAAUCAAUUAAAAAGCAAUAAUAACAGCACUAUUAAUAUUAUUGCUAAAAAUUUACAAAGUAUUAAAUUGAAUGAUCAAAAAGCUAAUGAAAAAAAAUUUGAUAAUGAUUUUCCAAGACUUGGACGUGUUACACAACAUUUUGAAAAUGAUGCAAAACAAUUUCCUGCUAUUGGACGUGGAACUUCAUUUAAAAGUUUGACCAGAAUACCUGGUGAUACAUCAUCAGCACGUGGUGUUUCUUCAGCUUGGUCAUCAGCAAAAGUUAUUAAUUAUUAAACUUU